GGCGUGGCCUGUGCUGUUCACUCAGGGAGUAAAUCAUGGCUGACAGUGAGGCAGGAGCAGCAGCAGCAGGGAUGGCUCACAGCUUCACUCAGGAGUAUUUUCAGAUCCCUGUGGUGACCCGAGCGUACACGACCGCCUGUGUCCUCACCACUGCUGCUGUGCAGCUUGAGUUCAUCAGCCCAUUUCAGCUCUACUUUAACCCAGAGCUCAUCAUCAGGAGAUACCAGAUAUGGCGCCUGAUAACCAGCUUCCUGUUCUUCGGCUCUCUUGGAUUUAGUUUCGUGUUCAACAUCAUCUUUCUCUAUCGAUACUGUCGGAUGCUGGAGGAAGGCUGUUUUCGGGGCAGGACAGCGGACUUUGUUUUCAUGUUCCUGUUUGGAGGGAUCGUGAUCACUCUGUUCGGUCUGUUCGCCAACAUCUUCUUUCUGGGUCAGGCCUUUAUCAUCAUGCUGGUGUAUGUGUGGAGUAGAAGACAUCCGCUCAUACGUAUGAACUUCUUCGGCCUCCUGAACUUUCAGGCCCCGUUUCUUCCCUGGGUGCUCAUGGGAUUUUCAUUGCUGCUCGGGAACUCCAUCGUGGUCGACCUGCUUGGUAUCAGUGUCGGUCACAUGUACUAUUUCCUUGAAGAUGUGUUUCCAAACCAGCCGGGAGGAAGGAAGCUGCUGAUGACUCCAGAACUUCUACGAGCCAUGUUUGACCGGCCAGAGGACCCAGACUACCAUCCCCUCCUGGAGGAGCAGCAGCAGGAUGGAGACCUGCAGCCAAAUGGGGAGCAACACAACUGAGAGCCCAGAGAGCUGUGAGAAGUCAGACACUGCCACAGGACUGUAAAGCUGUAUAGACUGAAUAUUUAGCUUUGUUCAGCAUAUUGUAACCACAGAGCUUUCAUUUGCCUUAUCAAGAAAAAAGGACCAGAAAUGGAAGAACAAGCUGAAAAUUUUUAAUUAUGGAUGGAACGAGGGUCCACAGUUUGCUACGCCAACAGCUUUACUCUGUAUAAGUGCAGGUUUUAUACUUCACAGCAAACUGGUUGAGUGAGAUGAUGCGGAUGACGAGCUCAGUCAGAGGGACGCUGUAAUAAGGUCAACAGUAAUGCCACAAUUGUUUGGAAAUUUUUCUUACACUGAUGGCAACAUAACGUGUUGUCAUCAGUUAAUAUUUCACCUCAGCUGUCUGUCUGCUCCACACAUGAUGCAGGAAAAGGAGAAGUGAGCACAAAUAUAAAACAAGAGCACCCAGAGUGCAACUCCCCCCGAAGGGCGAGGGAUAUACUGAAACAUUGUUUCAUGAAGUUUUUAUUCCAACAUGCUCAUGUCAGCCUGUUUUUUUUACAGUAUGAUGGCAUGAGGCUGUUGUAGCAUCAUUGUGACGUUGUAAGCGUCAUAUUGAAAAAAUAAGUGUGUAGCACAGCUCUCUCUGUACCCUUUCAUAUGAUAUAUUAAUCAAUAUGGUUUCUUCAGCUCACGUUGUUAUUGGUAUCUACCAUCACACAAAAUGUGAAAAUGAUAUGAUGAACACGAGACUGCUAACAGACAAACACAUGGAACCAAUUACAAAAAAAAAAAAAAAAAACAGUAAAAAUUCAGUUACACUACUGCAAAUAAAUUAGGAGAAUGCCAAUAAUUCUUUUUAAAGUUUGUUUUUGUUAUUUUACUAAUAAAUACCAAUUCAGUGAAUUUCUGAUCUUGGUUUUAUUCUUCUUAUAGUUGGGAAAGCUGAUUUUGAGUCCAGCGUACUCAGCAAACUUGGUUAAUGACAACAUCUCUUACUGAUGUCCAGUCUUUAUUGACAAAAGGCUUCAAAACAAAACUUGCAUUGGUGCCUACAUGGAAGUUUAAUGUUCUAAACAUCACCUGAACUGAUUUCUAGGAGGAGAAAAUGGAUGGUCGAGAAUUGUUAAAUCUUUUGAGCUAAACAAAAAUUAAAACGAUCUAGAUCAGGGGUGUCACACUCAUUUAGGCCACAUACAGCCGCAUUCCAUUUUAAGACCAGGUAAAACAAAUCCAUACAAGGAAAAGAUGUAAAACUUUAAAUAAAGCCAGAAGUUCAAAAUCUAUGCGUUCUUUCACAUUUUCCAAAGCCGCUCGGUGGGCCAGAUUGGCGUCUUUGACGAGUCGAUUCUGUUCCCCGGGCUUUAUGUUUGACACCCCUGAGUUAGACCCUUGAGCAGGCUGGUUCUGACCCCUGGUAAAUCUGUAAUUUGAACUAUGAAACAUCUUAAUUUUUCACCUCCUGCUUCCCUUUUAUUAAGCAGAUGUAUAAUCUCAGGUGAGGACGAAGUGAAAGGAGCAGCACUGACCCGUAACUCUGCUCCCUGCUUUUCUGCUGCUGCCUCACUGAACUGCCGACGGCCUGAAAGCCGCCUGCACACGCUGCACUUUCACCCACCGCCUUUGUGGCUCAAACACUGGGAACAAAAUGGAAACUGCUUAGCACAACAACACAGCAACAAGCCUCAGUGGGACCCCGACAACAAAACAAGCACUUCAUCAUCUUGUGCAACAGUGCUGCUCGUAAGUAUCAAGUCAGAACUGGGGUCAGACUGUUUUUUGGUUUGAAUUUUGUGUUUACAGUAGUUUUUUUAAAGAAGCUUUCCACAAGAAAAGACAUUUGGGGAAUAAUUCCUUAAUCUCCAAAUUAGAUUUUUGAAUUGAAUUUUAUUUUUUUGAAUGGGGUUAUGGAUAGAAACUUGAAAAAAAAAUAAGUGUUACAUAGAUAAUCUUCUAUGCUAUGCAGCCGUCCUGGCUGGACAAGCCCACGAUCAUCUAGUAGGCUUCCAGUAGAGGCCUUAAAAAUCAUGACUGGAAAACAUUUAAGCUACAAUCAAUUUGAACUGAUUGAUAGGGAAUUUUUUAGGAAUUCUUUUUGGAGAGGAGACUGGCACCAUUUGGCUCCUUUUACCUCUGAAACUCUCCAACAGAGAGCAUGCAGGACCCACAGAGCCACAAUAAAGACAUAAAGGAGAAGCAUGUUGGCUUUUAACAAGC